AGAAACAAAAGCAUGGAAAGUUAUUAUAAACACUCGCAAAACUUGAUCAAGUCGACUCGUUUCGAAAUGUGACUUUUCACUCGUCAAAAUCCAAAUUCAGUACACGACUAAUUUUCAAUUGGAAAGAAAAAAAAUAACGAACACGAGCGUAAUUGCGUGCGAUUGGUGAUGGUCAUCGCGACACGAUGUUUCUCUGGUUUUGAACACAAAUUCUAAAGGCGACGAAAAGAAAUUCAAUUUAAGAAAGAAAAAUAUCGAAAAAAAACACCAAUUCAGAGAGAGAAAAUGGAAAAUUGUAAAGUGAACGAAGAUUGCAAGACGAUUAGGAAGAACGAAUCGAUAGCCGCUUACAAACAGUACAGCAAAACUGCGAAUCACACGCUCACUAGAUUCACCAACGACAUGAGCGAAAUCCUCAGGCACAGCAUCGAGCGUCUGGACAAUAUCAGUCUGAAAGUGAGGAAUUGCGUUUACGAGUUGGAGAAUCAAAAGUACACGGCGAAGAGGAUGCAGAUCGAGGAGAAAUCCGAUGACGAUGAUCCGUUGUUGGCGGUUAUCGAGUACAAACCGCAGGAGCGAAGUUUAUUGAAAGAAGCGGUGGAGGCUUCUAAGGAUGCGCAGGAAGCUGUGAAGAAGGCGCAGAAGAUUUUCAACGGUAACGCUGCGAAGAGUCAGCAGCAGCAGCAGAAGAAGACAGAAUCUACUAUAUCGUUUUACACGACGAGCUCGAAGCGCGAUAACUUCACCAGCAUCGAUUGUUGCAUGAGGAAGGAGAGAUCGGUGAUGCAGAAGAUUCGCGAGAGUUACAAGAAGCUUCGCGCUAAAUCGCUGACCGCUGCGGAGAAGGCGUCCUGCGAGGAGCAGCUGAAGUUGUUGCGCAGGGAGUUCGCGUCGCAGAAGCGAAGGAGAUGGUUGAACGCGAAGAAGCAGCGAGAGUUGAUGGUGAAGAAGGGGCAGCAGGUGGCGGAGUGUUAUGGCAAUGAGAGGUUCAACGAUUUCCACUGGUUCGGGCCGAAGAUCAGCGUGGAGAGCAGCGACGGCCGUCUGACGAGCACCUCGUCGAAGAGGUUGCCCUCGCCGAGGAACACGAAGUUGACGAGGAAGUUUGCGAGGGAGAACUUCCACGAACCUAAAGGAAAACCUCACGACGUUAACAAUAGCGUAAGGAUGGUCACGGAACGCAACGAUGAGCCUGUGAGCGUGAUCAUGCACACCCAGAAGCAGCCGAGGUACGAGCUCAAGCAGAAUUCACCGUUCGCUGCAAGUACAAUCUUGGAUGAUGUCACUUUGAAGGAUUUGGAACCGUUGAAUGCAGAGUAUCCGCGCAAAGACAACAUCUUCCAGGUGGACCCCGAAGUGGAAGAGAGUCUUCUGUACAAGCUGGUGAACGACGAUUUUAAAGCUUUGGAGAUGUUGAUCAACGUGAACGCGCAGUCGUCGCACAAGAGCGGCAGGAAGCAACGUCACAAGCGUCGAAAUCUGUCGCGUCCGAUAAGGAGUAGUCGUUUCGCCAUCGACGACAUCCCCGAGGAGGAGGAUCCGAAGCAGGUGCAAAGCGAGGCGCUCGACGUGCAGAAGAACAGCAGCAACAUCAUCGAGCUGAACGAUUACCGAUCGUACAGGAAUCUCGCCUCGAAGGAAGGUAGGAAACGCCUGAAGAAGUACAUGCUCGAUCCACCGAACAUCAAAAGGAGUUACGUCGUGAUGCCGGUUCUGGUACAAUUCGAUAAGGAUAUUUCACCGCAUCUUCCUAAUAACUUGUACAAAGCUUCAGCGACUAAACUGAAAGAUGUCGAGAGGAAGCAGAAAUGUAUCUUCACGGACGCAACGAAAGCCGGGGAUUUCCUCAAACCGUACAUCUUCGAUGUGGAUUCGAGUGCAAGCAAGAACGGCAACACAGAGCCGGCAACGAUAAUGACCCUGACAAUUCCCAACGAAAUUCCCAGGAACGUGGUGGAAACCAUCAAAGGAAGAAAGAUGUCCAUGGAUGUUGCACAAAGCAGUAAGGUGUCUAAACCGGAGGAAGGUGCUAAAGGGACGAUGCUCGUGCAGAAGAUGAUGAGCUACGAAAGAUCAGUAAUAUAUAUAUUUGUUUAAUUGAUUCUUCGCUAUUGUAAAAUUGAUGAUUUUUCAGUCGAAAAAAUCGACGAGUCCUCGAUCCACGGUGAACGGAAAGAAGAGUGAUAAUCAGCAAUUGAUUUCGUUCAUCGUGAAUCCGGAUAAGGCGAAUGUCGUCGAUCCGAUGUUUCCAGGUCCGUCCACAAGGAAAAAGAGCAGUCCGAAGAAGACGAAAGCGAAGAUUGUUCCAUUUGCUAACGAAGAGCAACGAAAAUCGACGCCGACGAUGAAAGCGAUCAAUAAGUUGGAGAAGGAAGUGAAUUCGUCGAAGAUCGACAUGGAAUUGACGAGCACGACGACGACGACCGUCGCGAGUCACUUGCAAUCUGAUCAGGAGAUCGAUGAGAGAGUUCAGCCUAAACACAAGAAGCGCGAUCCUAAAGCUUCGACGCAGAUCUCGUCGAAGCACUCGAUUCCAGCCAAAAGCACUCCGAAGAGCACGUCCCUGAAUCUG